UUAAAUUUAUUGGCUUUUAAUAACUUACAUUGGGAAAAAAAACAUUGAAUAUAUUAUCCCCAAACUUUGUUCAGCAUGAUUUGCCAUGAGGACACAGUAAUGUUGAAAAUGGAUACUUUAAAACUACUUUACUUUGCUUAUUUCCAUUCCAUAAUGUCAUAUGGCAUUUUCUUCUGGGGAGGUUCGUCAGACGGCAAGAGAGCUUUUUCUGCACCAUAAUAUAAGUGUUUAGUUUCACCCUCCGACCGCCAUACCCGCUCUGUGCCGGAAAUCAAACUCCGUAGCCGGUCACUGUACUGACCGAUCUUUCUUAUUACUCUGCCAUCUCACUUGCAUAUGUGACGGUUUUGCACGAUUACCCAUCGAAUUCUGCAUUUACCCCUUCAGAGGUGUUUUGGGAGCUCAACCUCCUUUACUUCUAUCACACACAGUGAAAUUACCGAACGAGUUUCUUCCCCAUUCUUCUCUUACUCCUUUUUGUAUAACUAUAUUAAGUACUUAACAUUUAUUCUAUUGUCUAAUGUGACAUUAUCAGGGAAGCACAAUUACCAACUAUGCACCCAUAUCCUUCAUAUGGAGGCAGCAUUUUCCUUCGAGAAGCCCAUAAUUUUCACGAGUGACAAGUUCAUCCGAGUCGUUUUGCUGGAACGAGACUGAACAUUUCUCGGAAACGCAAGUAAUUUUUGCCACAAAGGGGCAAUUUCCUCCUAAACGUAUGUAAAUUUAACAUCAAUACAGACUAUAUUGAAGACCUUUCAAGUAUCGAAUGCAUGUCUUUUUUUUCCGCUGCUAGUACAUAGAGAAUCCAAAGCAGGAGAACAUACAGCGUUGUUGCAACAAGUUUUAAAUUGUAAUCAUUUUGACUUGGUCACUUUCACACAAUGAAGGCAAUAAGAUCGAAUUAAGGGACGUAAUAAAUGCUCGUGUAAGACGCAAAGAAAACAUGGCAACAGGGUUUGAUGUCAUAAAACGAGGGGACUUUCUAUUCAAGCGCGUAGCAGCUUCUGAACAGUUCGAAUGGACACCGACACAUACACGCUCUAUGUUAAGCUAAAUAACUCUGCUGCUUCCACGGAUGGAAUGCAUGUGUCAUACAAGUGCCAACGACUCCGCAUAUAGUCUAUAACAAUUUUAACCUACCUACUUGAAUUGUUCUUGACAAGUUACAACCACCUGCCGAAGUAGACAAUGGAACUUUAAUCACUUGUUCAGUUUGAUAUGAACAUUUUCCAUCGAUGCUUUUAUUAAGGAAUGAAACGCGUGUGAUUACAUAUGUGAAAUGAACAAAGUAUCUUCAGACAGGACGGAUCGUCUAUGUGUGAGUCAGUGCCAAGUAAUGAGGCAGUUGUCAAGGGGGAGGGGGGACCUACAUCAGUGCUGCCAUGCAGUACACGGCCAAGCCGCUGUAAAAGUAGAUGCUUGUAGGUAGGCAGACGGUUGGUUUGGUCGUGAAACUCUCGUAUAUUGUGUCUCGUUGGCAAGAAGAAUAUGUUGUCUGGUUGAAGCAGUGUGACCUGCAAAGAAUUUAGUGGAUGCACAGUGUAGUCACGUAGUUUUCAAGUGGUUAAACAAAUGAAGGUGAUUCGCCGUAGCAAUUCCACUUUGUUUUCAUUCGACUCUAUAACGAGUUCCAAAUACGGGAACCUGUUUCAGUGAGACAGAUUGACAGGUUUGGUUCGAACGUGUGUAGUGCUUUUAGAUUGAUGAUGAUGGCUGUCGUGUCUCGCGGUGCUGUGACCUGAUUCAUUGGAAUGUCUUCAUAGCUGACAGAAAUGUCUUCGGACAACAGCAGCGGCAAUGCGAAUUUCAAUCCACGCUAUUGCCUUCCACGACCUGCAUCGACUUCGCCUCGUACUAGUACAUUUCCUGCACCGAAAGAUGGCACGACAGGGAAUGCUGGAUGUCGGCUACACGGAGGAUUGGCAAGAGCCUCCUCCCCCGCUGGCUACGUCACCAUCGGCUCCGUGCGAUAUGGAGUACGCUUCGCUCCAACAACAACAACAACAACAACCAACACACCAGCGCCAAGUGAGCGGGAAGAGGUGCCACCUCGUGGGGACGCCGCGAACAACAGCCGUCAGCACCAGAACCGCAACGAUGGAGAGUGCUGCUGUGGCGUCGUCCAGUUUCCGUGGCGUUCCAUCUCUUCCUCCCGGAUCCCACUUCCCUCCGAGGCUAUGAAUAGACGCGUCGGUAUCUUUAGCCGCAUAAAUAGUGGCGAGCUGGCCCGCGGGCCUGCCAGUGGGAGCACUUUGCAGCACGAGGAUGGAGGAGUGAGGAGGAUGCAGCCUCGCCGCCGGAUCCUGGUUCGCCCCAAACCUGACAUACCUGCGUACCUCAAGUUGUGCAGCUCGCCCUCCCCAGACAGCGAGGCCUGUCACCUCAUCACCCCUACCUGCUCCAGAGACAACCUGGCUGACGAAGGAAACAGCAGGAACACCCUGGACCGUCUGCACAGAUUCCGCCUCGGUGGGGGCGGUGGGGAACAUGGUGUCGAAAGCAAAGGAAAGAAGAAGGCGACCUCGCGGAGCAGCGACAAGGCAGAGCGCUUGCGCGAACUCACUGAGCGACUCAAGAGCGGCGGUUCCUCGUCUAGAGCAGCAGAGUAG